AUGGAAAACGCAGCAGCAACUGUCCAAGACAGUGUAAACGAUUCACAUGAUGCGAAUAAUGAUGAAGUGUGUGACGAUGAUGUAACUGAUGAUGAUGAUUCCAACGGCAGCGAUGUAACAGAUGAUGAAAUAACACCAAGCUCACAUGACGGUUUCAACGAUGACAGUGAUAGUUAUGACGACGAUUCUGAUUUAAAUGACGAUGAGCAACAACUGCUAGAUCGAGAACAGCAAUACGAUAUGCAUCAUAUGGAUUUAGAGCAGUCUGCAGUUUUGCCAAAUUCUAAACUAUUCAUUUUUACAUUGUUAAAACGUAUAAGACGUUUAGUUGCUAUGAUACAUCACUCCAGUAUCAUAAAUGCCUAUGUUAGUGAACAAAUACGUUUAAAACAACAAGAAGCCGAUCAGAGUAUUCAAAAUCUUAAUCUUAAAAAAGUUAGGUUUAACAAUCCAGUAAUUGAUUUUGCAAUUCGUUGGUCGUCUACAUUUAAAAUGGUGACUAGAUUUAUUAAAUUGCGUUCAAUAAUAAAUGAUAUAGUACAUACACCAGAAAAUAUUGAUGGUAUAAAACAAAAACAACGUUCAAAAUUGUGCCAAUUAGCAUUUAGUCAUUCUGAUUGGAAUUGGUUGAUUAGUUUAGAAUAUGUUCUUCAUCCAUUUGAGCAAUCUACUUGUUUACUUUCCGGUCGUUCUUAUCAAACACUUGCGAUAGGGAAAAUAGUGAUGAAUGGCUUAAAACAUUUUUUAUCAACAUAUAAGUCGGAUGAACCAAUGGUGAAAUUUUUAAAGAAGCAACUCUUACAAAAAUAUGAACAACAUUCCGAGCAAACUAUAUCUUAUGAAGCUGAAGAAGCGAUAACAAUUGCUUCAUUUUUGAAUCCGACAACUUAUUUUUAUUUACGUGAAGAUGAAAAUUUUAUAGAAACGGCUAAAAAGCUAAUUGUUAUUAAACACAAAGACCAAAUAAUGACAUCCAGUCACGUAACUAAUUCAUGUUCGACUAGACUUCUAUCAAAAAAUGAUAAUAACAAACCAUUAAGAGCAAUCGAAUCGUUCUUGGUUAAUUGUGAAGCUUCCUUUUCUUCAAAUUCAUCAUCCACUUCAGCAAACAAUACAUUUACAAUUCAGCAAGAAAUUGGAUACUACACAUCAUCAAUCGAUAAAGAAACAGAUUUUGAGUCGUUCUGGAAAAUAAAUCAACAGAAUCUACCUGGACUUACUAAUUUAGCUCGAUACUAUUGUAUGAUGCCUGCCACUUCUGUAGCGAGUGAGAGUGCUUUUUCUGUGGCUGGUUAUAUUCAGAGAAAAACUCGUUCAUCAUUAUCACCAACUACCUUGCGCUAUUUGAUGUUACUACGUGAUUAUGAAAUAUCUGAUUUUACUUCAAACUGA